AUGGAGGCUCUCACCAGCGAACAUUGGAGCGCGGUGAAGCACCUGCUUCGCUACAUCGUCGGAACCAGGAACCUGGGCUGCGUCUACACACGCCAAGAUGAGGAGGCUCGUCUCGUCGGCUACAGCGACGCAGACUGCGCAGGGGACAUCGACGAUCGGAAGAGCACCAGUGGGAUGCUGUUCUACUAUGGCAGCUGUCCCAUCUCCUGGCAAGCGACGAAGCAGAAGAUCGUCGUCCUCUCCACCUGUGAGGCGGAGUACGUCGCCGCCACUGGUGCGGCGUGCCAGGGCAUCUGGCUCAAGCGGCUGCUGGGAGAGCUGCUUGGGCGCGACGACGACAUCACCGAGCUACGCGUCGACAACAAGUCAGCGAUCGCGCUGGCCAGGAACCCGGUCUUCCACGACCGGAGCAAACACAUCCAAAUCCACUACCAUUUCAUCCGUCAGUGCGUGGAGAACGGCGACAUCGACAUUCAGUUCGUUCGCAAAUAUCUGACAUCAUGA